GCAGAGGGAAUGAAAAGAAGACAAAGAGCUGACCGGUGAGACGAGAGCUGUGUUAAAUUGAAAUGCUGAGUCUGAUGAGGCAUCGUUCGAGACAUUUGCAUCGGUCCGCCGGUUCUGUUGCAGCGGAGUGAAAUGGCACCUGGUGGAUUUGGAGGGUUAAAGGUAGUUUAGAUUUGAUUUCUGGUAGGUGUGUAUUCCUCGUCUCACGUGUACGUGCCUUGGGAUGGAAAAAUUGAUGAUAGAUGGCGAGUGAGUGACACAAACUGACGCUGACGCAGACACUUUGUGUCCCUUGAACUCAUGAUACCUGCAGGUUGAACACACACAAGCCGAGGCGGCCAUUAACAAGGUCAAAGGGCACGAAGAGGAGGAGAAGAGUUUCUGUGAGUUUGAUUCUUGAGCCCUGCCUGUGGCACCGUUUUCUGAAAGAUCCAGAUCUCCCUUUUUGCAAGCAAACAUCCUUAAAACCGCACACUUUGCCUGGUGCCAAUCACGCAGCAUUGUCCCUCCGAUCCUGCAGGGGUCAGCCUCGUAUCAGAGGGUUGAAUGGAGAAGUGUGCAUUCUGUCCUGUAGCUUUUUCCUGCUUCCUUUGUCCUUUAAUGGUCACAAUGUCCAUCUCCGUGCACCUUCUUCUUCUCCUCUCUCAACGCCCCGUCUUUCCUCUUCCUUUCCUCACAUCUGUAAACUGUCUAGAAAAAUGGACGUGGUCCCUGGGAACCCAACGCCUAAGGGCCUCGAACCUGUAUUCUCCGCAAUGACCAGCAGUUACACAACUGUUCCUACUCUCUCUCUUCUUCUCUCUCCCCCUCUCUCCUCUCUCCUCUCACCCCAACCGGUCGCGGCAGAUGUUCCGCCCACAACCAAGUCCGGUUUUGCUGGAGGAGAGUUUUCUUUCCUCCACGGUCGCCAAGUGCUUGCUCAUUGUCGGAAAACUGUUGGUUUUUAUCCUUUAAUAUUUCCGAUGUCUUCACCUUUUAAGUGCCCUGAGAUAAUGCGUGUGGUUAUUUGGCGCUGUACAAAUUAAAUUGAAUUGACUUGAAUGUUAGCAGGAGGAGGAGCAGUGCCCAGACGGCAACAGACCGGCCUCGGCCUUCUCAAAGCCCCGGGCUGAGAUCGGGUUGGAGAGCCCUCUUGACGGGGGCAUAAGACCGGGCAUGAGUCAAAGGGGGGGAUAAGCUUGAUAUUCAUCCAGUAUCAAAAAGGUGUAACUGGAACAGGGCAUGGAACAUCCAUGGCUGGCAACUACCCACCACUUCACAUUACAAUAUGAUAUUUCUUAAUUACCUCCUUCAUCAUAAUUCAAAUGUCUUCCUUCAAGUGCCAUGGCAACGAGACUUCGGCAGCAAAGACACAAGGAGUGACAGGCGACGUCCCGUCAGCCUCCGAUGUUCAAACGAAAAAAAAAGUGACGCACAAACAUGUGGACAACUGAACGUGGCAAAUUGGAAUUUGGAAAGGCAAUGAGGAAUCCACAAUUAUAACUCUAAAUGAGAAGCACACAAUCUCAUUUGAACACAUUGUGUUGUCAACAAGCAGCUGGGGGACAGAAUGAGGAGGAAUUAGCCACUGGACCACAUGAGAUAAGGCCUGUUGUAUCUGUGCAUGCAUGGCUGAGAGGCUGCUGCUUUUAGGCAAGAUUAUGAUUGACUUAUUUCUGCACACACACGCACAGAGAGAGAGAGAGAGAAAAACCCUCUAAUAUCUUGGAGUUUCAGUCUCUGUUAUCUGGAUGUGCAAUUUCGCUUGGAGGGCAACACCUGGUGACGUCGCCACUAUUGCAAAUUACACCCAUGUCAUCUCUCUCUUUCAAAAGCACGCACGCACACACACACACACACACACACACACAGAGCUGCAGUGUGAGGGCAGAGAGGGAGGGAGCGCAGAGCGAGAGAGCGCCGCUACAGCGCAGCAGAGAGCCACAGUCACAGAGCUGUGUGAGCCGAGUGGAGCGAAGGACGCACUUUCCCCAGCUCCGCUGAACACACACACACACACACACACACACACUCUCUCAGUCGGACAGCGGGGCACAUCAGACCCAAACACUCACACAACACACAGCCAACGACAAACGUGAGCGGGGCGCGUCUCCGCUGACGAGAUUUUCCAGGAGUCUCCAUCCAGGAUUCGGGCAUUUUACGCAAGCGAUGGCACCUGUUUGGAAACUACGUGAACAAUGCGCUCCGCGGGCGACAACUGGUUCCCAGAGAUGAGUGGCCGAGGGGGCGAGCGACAGCGUCCAGUGGUCCCGUGGUCCUCUCUGGCGGUGUCUCGGUCACCUUCCCAGGCGAUGUCUCGUGGCGACGUGCGUGGCGCGCCAGAGUGCGCGUGAGCGGCGGACCGACAGUCUUCCCGGGCGAGGCAGAGAGGCUGGAUAUACACAGCGGCCGGGCUCCCAGGCAGCGACAGCCAGUCACCCAGAGAAGCCGACUCGCCUCUGCCCCAGCUCCUCAGACACAUGCAGGAUGCCCGCAGAGCGCCGGGGAGUGCUGGUCCAGCGCAGCCCGCGUUCAUGACGCGCUGGGCGGCCUCGCCAUGCGUCUCCUGCCCGAGCCCAGCGCCCAGUCCCUCCGGCUCCUCUUCCUCUUCGUCUUCGUGAUGGGGGUGGCCCCCUCUCCGGCCCUCACGGCCGGCUGCCCGGACAGGUGCGUGUGCGACGACCAGCUGGUGGUCCAGUGCGCCGGGCAAGAGCUCACCCAGUUCCCCAAUGACCUGCCCCUGGCGACCCGGCAGCUCAUCAUCUCCAACAACCGCAUCGGGGACCUGCCGGCGCUGCAGCUCAACUACCUGUCCGAUCUGGUCUACCUGGACUGCAGCAACAACUCCCUGGCCGAGAUCUCCGAGUCCACCUUCGGGAACUUGCGCAAACUCGCCUACCUGGACCUGUCGUUUAACACGCUGCUGCAGAUCGAGGACCGGACCUUCGGGCCCCUGGCGUCCCUGGUGAUGCUCCGGCUGACGGACAACCCGGGUCUGAGCGAGGUCCACUCGGACGCCUUCUCGGAGAACAUGGCCCUGCAGGUGCUGGACGUGAGCCGAAACAACCUGACGGCCCUCAACAUCAGCAGCCUCAUCGCCCUGCCGGCCCUGCGGUCCCUGGGCCUCAGCGGCAACCCCUGGAGGUGCGACUGUGACACGGAGGACCUCUGCCUGUGGGUGCAGAUAGAGGGCUUCAAAUUCCAAGACGAAGGCCAGACAGUUUGCCACAGUCCCCCAGAGCUGGCAGGCCAGCGGAUGGCGGAGGUCGGUAUGCAGCUGCGGGCAGACUGCCACCAAGGCCUGGGCUACUGGGACUACCUCUUCUUCAUCGCCAUCGGCUUCGUCAUCUUCUCGGCUGGCACGGUGUCAGCAUGGGUGAUGGGAGUGCUCAUGGUGCUCUACGAGCGUUACAGCAAGCGGAAGAGCGAGGAGCUGGACAGCGAUGACGAGGACGAGAGGGGAGGGAUGAGUGGAGGAGGAGGAGGAGGAGGAGGGGGGAACCAGGGCAAUGGGGAUCUGAGCAAGCCUGGCAUGCAGGUGUGACACACUGAUGUGAGACAUCAUGACAACAGGAGGAGGGAAAACGACGAAGAGGAGGAGGCAGAAGUGACGAGAGGACUCUGAGACCAAAGGCUCUACAAUGAACCAAGAUCUGACUGUCUCUCUUUGUAACUGAUUUGAAUAUGGCGAUAUGCUCCCGGACAUAUUGGACAGAGAGAGAGUGUGUGUGUGUGUGUGUGUGUGUGUGUGUGUGUGUGUGUGUGUGUGUGUGUGUGUGUGUGUGUGUGUGUGUGUGUGUGUGUGUGUGUGUGUGUGUGUGUGUGAGCGAGAGAGAGAGAGAAAGACAGACAGAAAGACAGAGAAAAAGAGACAGACAGAGACAGCAAUAAGGAUGACUAUGCCUUCACUUCAGGAGUACAGAGUGACCUCUGAGAUUAUUGAGAGCAAUAACCCCAACACAGCACCACACACUCACACACACACACACACACACACACACACACACACACACACACACACACACACACACACCGCCCGUCUCAGCACAGAUACUCUACGGAGCUGGAUUCCCUGAGUAGGCGGAUGUACCUGCAUACUAUGUGAAGUGCUCUUGAGUUACACUGUAAAUGAUGAUUAUACCUAGAUACAUUGUGUGAGAAACACACACACACACACGCAGAAACAUCCACGCAAAAGACAAUACUGGGGGUAACACAGAGAGUGAUGCCUUAGUUCUACUACAAUAAAAAGGAAAACCUAGUGAAUACCAGUAUUAAUAUGUUUUUUUUCCUUCUGAGUUCUCAAGUCACUUGAAAUAGCGAACAGUCAAUGGUGUCUCUUAUCGACAGGAUCUGUCCAAAACAUACUUUUUUGUGUCAUCAGAUAGAACAGUGACAAAAUAUUGUGACUGUAAGAAAUAUACAGUAAGUUUGGAGACUUGGUGGUAUUAGUGGGCUGCUCAAGGGAUUGACGCCCUGCGGAGCUUUUGAACACCACUGGUGCUGUGGAGCAGCGGUUUGGUGAGUAGGUAUUGUACUGUGCCCUUCUGGUGCACAUAAGUAUGAGACUGAGAAGGCUUUAUGCUUUGACAUUGAUUGACAGUCAGUGGACGUAAUUCAUUAAGGAAACAGCGCAGCAUAGCAACCAUGAUUAUUAGUUUCAAAAUAUUUUUGUUUUAAUUCAGCUCUAAUAGCGUUGGUAAGGCCUCAAGGAAACAAACAAAUUCAUUUAUGUGAUCAAUUCUGAUCCUGCACAGGGCACAACUUCACAACCCGCCUGAAAUUCUACCUUAUGCUCUGCUAGUGUUUUUUUUCUUCAUCUGAAAAUGAUGUAGAGGUGUGCUCAGUAGACCGUGACAUGACUGUUGGGUGUGGUUACAGGCGCAGCAGACCCCCGACCACACCCAGAUACCCCCACAUCAGUGUUUCCAUCCAAACGUAGCACAAAUUGUGACCUAGAAGAACGUCAGCAAAAAAAUCUCCAUUCACUACCGUUAUGCAAAUAUUAGGAGGCGAGGUCACAUGGUUCACGCACAUCAUGAAUUUUUCACAUUUAGCCAAGCAUGAAGACUUUUUUUUUUGUAAAAAAGGGGUGGAUGAAAACACAUUUAUUGAUGUUUGGUGUGUUCAAAGGAGAAACCGAGUGGAAACCUUCAACCAGAGGGUGAGGGGACUCACUUCAGGCCCCUUCUGGUGUUAGGUUAUUUUUAGAGGUGUUCCCCUGUGAAAGAUGGGCAGAUGACGUCGACCAAAGUGGCCCAAUGUGACUGUGUCAUAUUGUCUCUGUGUGUGUGUGUGUUUUGCCAGUCGUUCCUCACUCCAUUCUACGUGGUCUCCACCCUGCCGCGGAAGUGGGGCAGGUUCAUGGCGGCUGCACAUGAAGGCAGCGUCGGGGGCGAUUGAGUCAGUCGUAUGGCUGACGAUGACCCCACACUAUGUGACUGGGAGCCUCGCCUGCUUGACCUCACGAUAAAGUUGUGCACAAGCAGGCCGCGGCCUGUAGCCCAGCUGUCAGAGUGGAAGAAAGCCUCUGGAGCGGUAGUGGUGUGCGUGUUCACGUCUGCGUGACUGUGUGUGUGUGUGUGUGUGUGUGUGUUUUUAAUUGGGGCAGAGCGAUCGCAGGGCAUCUCUGAGAGCAGCGCGGACGAGUGAUUCAUGGGCUCAGACUGAUCCAAACCCUUCCUCCUCCAUCCCGAUCCGAUUCCUUCCCUGUCCGCCACGGGCCGAGUGGGAGGUCAGAGAUGAGAGACUAACAAACUCUGGAUAGUGGUGGGGUGGAGAAGGAGUUGGGUCCCCACCAGGAGCGGGAAUUCAUCCUGAUUGAUGCACGUAGCAGCUUCAUUGAAAGACUGUGAGUGAUAGAUGGGCUUCUGCUCAGUUGACCCGAAUGAACGUGCAUGGCUAAAUGCAUUGUCUCCAGAGGGUUUGGCAGAAUGUCUGUUUGCGCGCGCGCGUGUACGUGUCAGUGUGUGUGAUUAUGCAUACAUGUGUGCACAUACAUGGUUGUUUCCACUUUGGUCUGUGCCCCGUGGUACGACAGUCCAUCUUUACGUAGAUGCAGAAGAGUGAGUGACAACUGUUUUUGGUCUAUAGGAGGCUGAUUUGUAUUGAAAAGACAGACACUCUUCUUCCCUCAAUCACACACGAGAGUUUGCGCACACUUUCUGCCACACGCCCUCGUGCACACUCUCACUUAGACUCACACACAUGCACAGCAAAACUCAAGGGCACAGCUUAAGUCCUAAAGUCAGAGCCGCGGGCCCCGAGAACAUUAACACUCCUGUUUUGGUCUCUUACCAUGCAUCACUACACCCUCUUAUCCUCCCCUCCAACCUCACUGUCAUCAGCUUUCACACAAUGCUGACCCACUCUCGAACACACACACACACACACACACACACACACACACACCUGGACCUAUAAAUUAUCUGUGAAAUCUUUAGGCUGUCAUUAUGAGAUAAUUUGUUCAAAGCGAAGCUUAGAGGCAUACGGGCUCUAAAGGACCUGCAGAUUGCUGUGUCAAUCCUUCUUAUGUUACUUCACAUUCACAAAAAGACAUUUGACCUACAAGCGAGUGACCUCACGCGUGAUCGAACCCAUAAACACAAAGCUUCCUGUUUGGAGCGGGCGGCAACUGUGCUCAGAUCAAUGUUAUCCUGGUGUUAACUUGUCACAGGACAGAACCCAGGACGGAGUAAAAAUACCAAGGGUCUAAUACGUGGAGCUGUCUUGUCUUUAGCGCAGGAAGGGUCAAAGGGUUUGAUCAUUGUUGGAUAGAAGUUCCAUAGAGAUUUUUUUACAUUAUCAUUUACAUUAGUAAAAUGACGUUAAAAAAAACGUUGCUGCUACGGAAUCAUCGUCAAGGGCGAUGGUUGGCAUGAGCAUGAAUAUUAGGGAGGGGCUGCUUUGUGACUUACCCCCACUUGCAAUGUCUUGGUGUUGGUGUGUGUGCUUGUGCGUGUGUGUGUGUGUGUGUGUGUGUGUGUGUGUGGUCGAUCCAUACAUUAUUACGCACAUCAUUAGCCCGCUGAUCAGAUAUCAGAGGUGUUGUGUUGGCUUGCGGUCAGAGCUGCAGAUUGCAGAUGUCCUGAACAAUCCUCACUUUAUGUCUUUGUGUUAGUGUGUGUGUGUGUGUGUGUGUGUGUGUGUGUGAGUCUUUUCUUUGUUGUAUCUGUCAGAGUUGUCUUGAGCUAAAGUUUUGCCCAUCAUGAAUCAUCAGAUAUAAAUAACUUAAGAUGACGAAUGGAUGAAAAUGUGUUUCUUCUUAGCGUUCACUGGGUAACACCGGAAAAUAUUACUUGAAUUCUUACGCUGAAUGAUGAAAAUUAAAUAUUGUAAGAAUUGUCAUACCACAAACAAUGGAAAUAUUUCGAGCAUUUAAAAAAAAUCAUACAUAGGUGGUAAAAGUUAGUCGUAGUCCUAUUACGCGGGUGUGUGUGUGUGUGUGUGUGUGUGUGUAUGAGUAAAUUUUGCUGCAUUAAAUGAGCUCAGUUUCAAAGAUAAUCCCCACUGUGAGCAUGGUGUAAGCAAACUCAGAGAUCUUCAGGUUCACAAAGUGCAAAGAGUAAACACGCUCAUGAACCCUCAGUAAUCCUUGACUCUGGCUACUUCUAUGGAUCGAUUUCCUAUGUAUUGGACGCGGCCGGUGGGUCAUGUGUGGCUCCGUAUCAAUCAAAGAUUUGACCCUGCACGUGCACAAGCACCACAAAAACACACACAUGCACAAACCGUGGGCACUGGGUCGGGGGCUUAGAGCAGGAAGGGGAGGCUCACAGAUGUCUUCAACGAAUGCGUCAACUUUUCUCCCCCCUCUCUAUCUGUCCUCGCGCCCGGCUCCCACCUGCUUGACUCUUUCUUUCCAUUCGCUCCUCCUUUCAUUUCAGUUGUGCUGCCAGCGGCUCACUCGCUCCACUCACACCACUGGCAAAGAGCAGGCUCUAAUCCCCCACACAGCCCUCACAACUCCUGCCUGCUGGAUCUGAAAGCUUUGGUCCUUCAGAAAGCCUCCGACAGAAAAAGGGACUGACUCGACUUGUGGACCGACGGACAGAAAUGUCAUAUCCCGUACAGUAUAUGCAGUACUAAGAACACAAAACCCCAGGAGCACAACAGCAGUACAAGCGUGCGUGCGUGUGUGUGUGUACUUGGUUUGAUCGAGUUAUUUCUCUGAGGGCGAUGUUAGAGCAUGAGCACAGAGACCAUCUAAUGCAUUAAGUCAAUAAUACAUCCCAUCCUUGCACACACACACACACACACACACACACACACACACACACACACACAGAGAGCACAAAACAGCCUUGAGGGGUAAAGAUGAGCAUUUCCUUUUUUGUAGAAACUUCCUUUUGAAGCAGUGUUGGUGUCUAUAGAUUCUACUUUAUACGCCCUCAUUCACAAGCAAGGCUGCGGUUGACAAAGUGGUCAUAGCGAGUGGUCAUAGCGAGUGGUCACCACGCGCUUGUCUCAUUUGUCCUGUGAAGUGAAGUCACAUGUGUGGGAGAGUCAAACAGAGGCAGGAGAGGUGACGAGUCAAAACUCGGUGUUUAUGCAUCACUUUCAGUGUGACCCCACUUUACACACACACACACACGCACGCGCACGCACACACGCACACAAACACACACACACACACACACACACACACACACUCUUUUUAGCUUAAGAUCAUGUGUGUAGAUGACAUUGUGUGGGAGCAGAGGAGAGUGUGCUUGUCAGCAGGAUUCCCUCUGCUUGCUUGCCCUUGAAUGGCGCCUGAGAGGAGAGGAGAUGGUUGCACCACAGAGGACAAUACCGUCGUUAGGAGGGCCACGCGACAGGGCAAAAGGAAAGAACUAGCGGGGGAAUCUUGUGUUUUUCAACCCGUUCUUAUUACUGGCUAUUCUCACUCUUAGUGUGUGGCAGUAGCCACCUGCGUUUUAGAGAUUCAGAAAGGCCGGCAGCUUUCAGACAUGCACCAAAGUCUGCACAUUUUCCUGAAAAUGUCCAAAGGGGCUGUACGUGAGGAUGCAAAUGUCCGCAAAUGUUACUCUGGACAUUUUCUGGAACUUUUCAUGCCCACCCCUCAGUAGAAUUUGCGUAAAAAGUCAGAGUGAGCCCGUGUGAGAAUACAGCAGGAAAAUCUCUGGAAGGUUCACGGCGAGCAACUUUUGGCGAGUUGAUGACUGUAAACUGUACAGUACUUUCUGCAACGGAAUUAUCAUCAUGUCCUGCCUCCUGCGUGCUCUACCCAGACACCCGAGAUCUCAUGCUGCAUUCAUCAUAUGUGAAAGGCAAACUCCGGAAAAUGUUCAGACCCAAUUUUGUUCCGGACAUUUUCCCGAAGUUCAUGUCUGAAAAGAGCCAUUGACUCCAGCCAGAAAGACAAUCAUGGCAAGCAACACACAACCCCCAACGCUUUUACAAAUAAAGUUACUGUAAUCUGUUCUCUGAAGCCACAGAGGAAAAAAUGCUCAGCAUUAACAAGGAGCUUUGGAAACGUGAAAAACAGAAACAGAAAAAGAAGUCUGUGAGUGGACUGUGAAAUGUGAAACAGGCCGGUCAGUAGCUGUAAUAAGGAGAAAACACUCAUUGUCAGUCUAGAUGUCCAUCCUAGAAACAUUGGACGUAGUAUGAUUAAAACUUGAAGUGAAGACAGUAUUUAUAUAAUUCUAUAUUUAUUAGCUAAAUAAUUCUGCUAAUGAGACAGAACUAGUUGUAGUUCUUGUUCAUGCUUUACGCCAUGGUAAAAAAUGUUUGUGGACUGACACUUUUAAUGGAAAACAAUGUCAGGUAUGAAGAGUGACGAACAAGCGCCUUUUUCGAACAUGCCCAGAUUAUGGAUGGAACAUGUCCGACUUUCUAUACAUAUGAAACACACCAUUUGCACUCACACGGACAAACGAAACAAACUCUACAAUAAGCAACAACACACAUAAGGGUCUCUCUGACACACACACACACACACACACAAACACACACACACACACACACAGAAUAUUAUUGUAUGAAUCUACACAGAACUUGCUUCUGUAUGACUGGAGGUUCUGGCUAUAUAAAAACUGCAGUAACUUAUAUUAAGUACCAUUUUAUCUUUUACUAUUAUUAAAAUGAUAGACUGAUGUUUAA